AUGGAAUUGAGAAGUUCAUCUUCGACAACAUUAAAUAAUGGCACGACCACAACUACAAUUCGAGAAGAUAUUAGGAGAGUUAUUAUAGAAACAUCGGAGAGAGGAUUAAUUCAUACAUCCAAAUGGCUCGGAGAGCAAGUAAUAUCACUUCCGAUAGAGACUUUGAACUCGGUACAAACUUGUAAAACAAUCACGACAAAUACUAUUCAACCAAACGAACAAAUAUUAUAUGAUCAUUUUGUUUUUGCUAAAACAUUAUUUGAAUCCAAAGAAUAUGCUCGUUGUUCGUUUAUAUUACAAAAACAAACAAAACCUUUCACAGAUGAAUUAUCCAAAAAUUCGAAAGGAUUAUCAUCAUUUUGCAAAAAGUGUCUCUUUCUAGAAUAUUAUUCGCUGUUUUUAUCGGGUGAGCAAAUGAAAGAACAGGAGGUAUUGGAAUAUAGUUUAAAUAAUUCUUCCACCUCGACUACUGCUGGUGUUGGUGCUUCCGCAAAUGCUCAUCAUCAAAUGAUUCAUCAGCAACGGACCCAGCAAAAACACCACAACCAAACUCAAAACAAAUAUUUACGGACACUUCUUGCUGAUUUGAAAGUGUUACACAACCUAGAUCAAAUGGACUCGUACCUGUAUUACAUUUUCGGAAUUGUACUCAAAGAAAUGGAGAUGAAAAUUAAGGCUUUAGAUUGUUUUAUCAAAAGUGUAAAUUAUGAACCUUUAAUGUGGGGAAGUUGGAUGGAAAUUGUUUACAUUUUAAUCGAUUUAAUGCAAGACACGACACAAAACGAUAACAAUCAAGCAGGUCUUCUUCCAGCUACUUUUAAAAAAUUUAAGAGCAAUACAAAACAACAUUGGAUGAUGAAGAUGUUCAAAUCUCGGCUGCAAUUAGAGACGCUUUCCAAUCAAGGAAGUUUCACUCAACUCGACUAUGAAGAGACGACAAACAAUGAAAAUCAAACCUACAAUCUCAUUCAAGAACUAUCCUCUCAGUUCCCAUAUUCCAAUUAUUUAUUUUCUCAACUUGCCAUGCUCAGUUACCAUCAACAAGAUUUCCAACAGGCACAAGAGUAUUUUGAACACAUCAAAAAGAAUGACCCUUAUCGAUUGGAAUGUCUAGAUACCUACUCUAAUAUUUUGUACGUACGAGAAGAAAAGUCAAGUUUAAGCAAAUUGGCUCAUCAACUUCACUCGAUUGACAAGUACCGUGUUGAGACAUGUUGUGUCAUUGGAAAUUACUAUAGCUUACGAGGGGAACAUGAAAAGGCAGUAUUGUAUUUUAAGCGAGCUCUCUCAUUGGAUCCCAAAUAUUUAUCAGCAUGGACGCUCAUGGGCCACGAAUAUAUUGAAAUGAAAAACACCAAAGCAGCAGUGAAUGCCUACAGAAGCGCUGUUGAAAUUCAAUCGACAGACUAUAGAGCUUGGUAUGGAUUAGGACAAACAUAUGAAAUGCUUGACAUGUCUGAUUAUGCUCUCUAUUAUUAUAGCAAGUCGUGCAGCUUGAGACCAUACGACGGAAGAAUGUGGGCAGCUCUUGCCAAUUGCUAUGAAUCGUUGGAACAGUACGAUGAUGCUCUCAAAUGUUAUCAACGUGCAUUCGAUAAUAGAGGAGAACAAUUAAGCACUCUAUUGAAAAUGGCAAAUAUCUACCGGAGAUUGGAUCAAAAUGAUCGAGCUGUGGAAUUAUAUUUGAAAUGUUUGGGUCAUUCUCCCAGUAAUAAUGUUGACGAAGAUAAUGAUCAACAACUACUCUCAACACAACUUCAUCAACAAUUAAGCUCGGCCGAUGAGGCAGGAAUUUUAUUGUUCCUUGCUGACUAUUAUUAUGAAGCGGCUCAACACGAUGAACAAUUUAUUGAAAAUGUGAAACAAUAUUGUAUGUUAUUAAUGGACGAUCGGUUCACUGGACUUCCUGAGAGAGAUUCUGCAACUCAAUUAUUGCAUUCCUUAAACGGAGGAGGAAGUCUCAAUAACACCAUGGCAACUACGUCCUCUCAUCGUUCCACACUAUUGGGUCAGGAUUCACUAUUGAUGUCUCGAGAUCAGCAACAACAACAACAAUCAAGAAUAUUCGGUGGUGGCGUACUCAACCCACAAGACUAUUCCAUUGGUGGAAGUGACGCUUUGAAUUUCUUGCAGUAG